CGCUCGCCACACUUCACAGUUUCGUAUUUUUGACCAUAAUAAAAAAAAAAAAAAUUAAAAAUAUUAAAUGCAUAAACAUCACCUAGUCGUAUAUAAACAAAACAACAACAAAAAAAAAAACUACUCGUGUCACUGGAGGGUUUUCCCACAAAACAAAACCCCAAAAUCAUCUCCCACGAAACCAAAACCAAAACCAAAACCACCCACUACUACCGAUCUCCCCACCGUACCGCCGUACUGUGGUACCGCCGCGCACCGCUUCUUUUCAACCUCCGCUGGACGCUGAAUGCCGAACGACUCUCCACCACUCCGAAUUUCAAGGAGCCAGAGUAUAGAGAUUGUAAAAUAUAGCGCACAAGCCUUCUAUUGAACAUGCAAUUAUUCAUCACACUCUGCCUGAUGAGUUUCUUCAUGAGCCAUACCUUUUUAUCCAAGUCACACUGUUGUGAUACAGACUCAGUAAUUUGUUCGAGUUCUGAUGGUGUUUCUAUUAUGUUCCCGGGAGUAAUUUGAACAUCUCACAAAGUAUGUUAUUCGUUACUUCUCAUGCACGUCUAUCAAGGGUACUUUGGUGGUACAAGACUGAUAGUCAUGCAGCUGAACUAACAACAGGGUUCUACAACCCAUGUAACUGUGAUGGUUAUGCUGCAAUGAUGUCCAUGUUGAAGAAACAUGGAGCUGCUUCGACCUUCACUCCUGCAGAAGUGGACUUGUUGGAUCAACUUGUGGAUUCUUCUGAACACUUGCUGUUCCUGAAGGACUGGCUUGGUAAAAUGGGACUCGUCAUAACUUGGAAUGGAGCAGCCACUAACAACCCAAUAUUUGCAGAAAUACUACUUGAGAAACCACGAACAAGAUUGUUCUUUCGAGAAUAUGCAUUGGAUGUUUCUACUGGUCGUUGUGAAGGUGAUGAUAUUCUGGGUGUAGGUCAGGUAGGGGGUGUGCCAUAGAUUUUUUUAAAUUCUAAAUAGUUCGUGGUAGUUGUAUACUCUACUUUUAUUCGUUUAUUUUAAUUCUUUGUUGUAAGUUUGUUACUUAGUAAAAUUUCGAUGAUUGUAAUUUUAAAGAAUUAAGUAUUAAUAACAGAUGGUAUUGGAAAUUGGAGAUUGA